UCUAGUGCAAACUUAUUUUUUUAACCUAGCAAUUGGACAUGAUCCCAAAGGGCUGUAUAUUGCAGUAGUGAAUAAAGAAAUUCAACAAAGACAACCCGGAGAAUGUAAACCUGAAUACUACAAAGGAUGUUUCCUCGAUAAUCCUAAUGAUGUAAUAAUGAGUUGUGCAUAUGUCGAUCAAAUAAAAAAUAAAUCAAUGAAUAUUUUACAUUAUGACGAUAUCGAUUCCGCUCUAAAAGCAGUGAAGAAGAAUGACGCUUGGGGUUUAUUAUAUUUCCCGACUAAUUAUACCACAUCCAUGGCUGUACGUUUCAUAAACGCCUCUAGGACUUCAGACUUAGAUGUCGAACUAAGUACAGUGCAGGCUUGGAUAGACUUGUCUGAUCAAUACAUUGGGAAUAUGGUAAGAGCAAAUGUUAUUUUUGGUAUGCAAGAGUACUUGGGUAUAGCAUUGACUAAAUGCAAUGUUAGCACUAAAAUUGGAACCACUCCUAUUUCGUUUAGAGAACCGAUAUAUGGCUCGGUAAAUACAACUUUCAUCCACUAUGCUUCAGCAGCUAUACUGUGUCU